AUGAAGCACUUCGAGACGGAGAAGCUGGCCAAGGCCCAGCGGCCGAAGCACCGCAAGGGGCGCCUCUCCGCGCGGACGAAGGUCGUGCGCGAGGUCGUGCGCGAGGUCGCGGGCCUCGUGCCCUACGAGAAGCGCAUUUUGGACAUGAUCAAGACGGGGGGCGCGUCGAGCGAGAAGCGCAUGUACAAAUUCGCCAAGAUGCGCCUCGGCACGCACAAGCGCGCGAUCAAGAAGCGCGAGGACAUGAAGGACAUCUACGCGCAGAUGCGCGCGCGCCAAGCGAUGGAGAAGUAG